AUGAAGAAAUCAAAAGAUUCCUGCCCACUCUGUACUUCCUCUCCUUUGGAGGAUUCGAAAAAUGUCUCUGACAUUUCGUGGUUGCAAUGUGAUUUGUGCAAACAAUGGUUCCACGCCAGUUGUCUUAAACUUCCUGCCAUUGAGAUCAACAGCCUCCAUUCCUACCAUUGCACCCAAUGUGCUAAGAAACAUGGCCCCUCAGUUCAUCGUCGUAAAUCAAAACGCACCAAGUUGAAAAUUGACUACGUUGCUCUAAAUGACGGUGAUGUGUUUGCCGUUGACAAAACUUCUCACCCCCAUGUUCCCAGCUUCCACGACUUUCCCGUCGAUGCUAACAGUUGCACAGAUCCAAAAUCUGGGGCUAAUCCUUAUAUAUAUAUCUCAGAUGUACUAACCAAGCAAUACGCUCUUGAAACUCAAUUGAGCAAACCAAUCUUGGUCCCCGACGCCAAUUUGGACGUAGUGGGUAUGAAACUACCUGUUCCUAAGGAGCAGCUCACGUUGGACUACAUAACUGAAAAAGUAGGUGAAGACGAACCAGUAGAGGUAAUGGAUGUAUUAUCUCAACAAGGAGUUCAUCCGGGAUGGAAUAUGGGCCAAUGGCGAGAUUACUUCCAUACUGACGAAAUGAGUCGGGAUCGAAUCAGAAACGUCAUUUCUCUAGAGAUAUCGCUGGUAGAUGAUCUCGGUAGAACCUUUUCACGGCCUCAAUUGGUUCGUGAUAUGGAUCUUGUAGACAAAGUGUGGAACAAAAAUGAUAGUCAGGAGCGGUCAAAGGUGACUAAGUAUUGUUUGAUGUCGGUGAAGAAUUCGUUCACCGACUUUCAUAUUGAUUUCGGAGGUACCUCGGUAUAUUACACUGUCUGUAAAGGUUCCAAAACUUUCUUGAUGUUCCCACCUACAAGUGACAAUUUAGAGUUAUACACAGCGUGGUGUUUGGAAUCAAACCAAAACUUCAUUUGGUAUGCCACCUAUUCACGAGCCAUCCGCGGUAAAAGAACAACCCCUCAAAAUGGAUUCAAAGUUACUCUUGCUCCCGGUGACUUGUUCAUCAUACCAAGUGGGUGGAUCCACGCAGUGUUCACUCCUGAAGAUUCUAUUGUCAUAGGUGGUAACUUCCUUACUCUUCACGAUAUGAGCACUCAGUUGAAGAUCAACAAUGUAGAAAAAGUCACAAAAGUGCCGUCCAAGUUUCGUUUCCCCAUGUUCAACAAGGUGGUAUGGUUGACCAGUUGGUACUAUCUCAACCAUAAACUGGAAUUUGCAGCCGAUCUUUACAAUCACAAAUUGGAAUUCACCCUUCUCAAAGACUUAGCAGACCAUCUAAAGGGGCAUUUGGAGCUCAGCAAGAGCAACCAAACGGCUCGUCGUAGUAUUCCUGUUGAUGUCAUUGGCAAAGAUGUGGUGGGUCAUAUUGUCAAGUUGGAGAACUGGAUGAACGACUAUAGGUGA